UCACAUUUGAUUGACAACUUGUAGCAGCCAAUGAUCGCCGACCUCUUGGCCAAUGCGCGCGGAAGAGGGCGGGGCUAAUAUAAGUUGGCGAGCUGUUGUCACGGCGAAGGUGAGGUAAAGCAGCGAAUAUGUCCCGAAUUGGAGAACGUUGUUGUCCAGCAGCGCCUGUUGCCAUGGACCAUACGACCGUCACAGACAGCAAGAAUCUAUGCGUCCAGAAUCUUACGGAGACGGAUGCUUUCAGAAGCGAAUCGCUUUUGGACCCCGCCGAGGAAUACAAGAUGGAAUACAGACGACGAGGCCAGGCGCUCAUUUUUAAUCAGGAACGCUUCUUCUGGCGCCUCGGCAUGAACGACCGGCACGGGACCAACGCUGACCGCUACAACCUGGAGAUCAGGCUGAAGGAACUCAACUUUGAGGUGAAAGUUUACGAAAACUACAAAAACGAGGAAGUCCUGGAGAUAAUCCAUAAAGCCGCCGAGGAUAACCACUCGGAUGUCGAUUGCUUCGUGCUCGUUUUCCUGAGCCACGGCGAGGACGAGCACGUGUACACCUACGACGGCAAGAUCAGCAUCCAGCACAUCACGUCGCUCUUCAAAGGAGACCAGUGCCCAAGCCUGGUCGGGAAGCCCAAAAUCUUCAUUUGGCAGGCGUGUCGCGGGGAUAAACACGAUGAGCCCGUGCUGGCUUGUGACUCCGUAGACAGCGAGUUGAAGACCAGCGAGGUGGUUGUCGACGCCAGCGCUGUUCACACGCUGCCGGCAGGAGCCGACUUCAUCAUGUGCUACUCGGUGGCGGAAGGUUACUACUCGCAUCGCGAUACGGUGAACGGCUCGUGGUACAUUCAGGACCUGUGCGAGCUGUUGAGGAAGUACGGCGACUCUCUGGAAUUCACCGAACUCCUGACGCUUGUCAACCGCAAGGUAUCGGCCAGGAGCGUUUGGGUUAGCAAGGACAGGGAUUCCAUCGGCAAAAAGCAGGUGCCCUGCUUCGCCUCCAUGCUCACCAAAAAGCUCUUCUUCCGCCCCAAAAAGUAAGAAUUUAGUCCAUCCUAAUCACAGAAAAGAUUCCACGAUUUUUUGUUUUGUUUUUUACACUCAUGCCUAAUUGGCAAUUUUUUUAUCCCGUUUCCCGUGUGAACGUAAAUACAACAGUAAAGAUAAACAGAUUUGCAGGAAUGGCCUUUUUGAGUCUCGAGGGGCAGUUUGCGCUUGUUUGGAAAAACGACCUCGGUGUUUGCCUUUUGCAACCUUUUUUAAGCCAGCUUUAACAAACGAAAAGGCCAAAUUUGCUACGUUUGCAAGCAUUCAUAAGAAUUUGCAGCUCAGUGAGAUACAAGCUUAAGAAAACGCUUCAGUUUUAGAAUCAAAACAUGGUAUAAUGAUGCUGAGUAAUUGAUGUGCGUAAUUAAGUGACAAAUUUGGAACAAUGUUGACUCUUUUUAGCAUAGCACGUCAACUCUAUGUAGUCACAGAGAUUCUAACUGUAAUUGCAAUAAGUUUUACAUAUUACUCGUGCGGUUUGGCUAUCAUUUUUCAUUUUGUGAUUUUCCUUCAAUAUGCUGUUUGACCCAAAAAGAAAAAG